GAUCCACCAGCCUCAGCCUCCCAAAGUGCUAGGAUUACAGGCGUGAGUCUCCCUUGGACUCAGUAGUUAAAAUGGGGAAUCGGGUUCUUCAAUCUACUAGAAUCCUUUCUGGGAUACUAAUUUUCCACCUUCUUCCCAAUUUCUAUUAUUUGAAGUCUAGCUAUAUCAUCUUCUUAAAUUUUUUAAUACUGUUGUCUUUCAUUUCUCCCAACCCAAAGGCAAUUUUAUUUUAGCAUCUGAUUUACUCUUUCUUCUGUACCUUGUUCUUAACAAUUAAAUAAUACAUACAAAUAACUUCAGAUUUCCCAGACUCUGUUUUUCAGACUUCUUGCCUUAACAGAACUUAACAGAACCGUCUGAUUCUUUAUCACUCAGUAACAGCUUUGUCACACCCUGGAUUCCAAUUUAGAAAUCUCAUAAUUCUUAUUAUCUCUCAGAUCACAUUACAUCCACCAAAACUAUAUGUCCUGCAACACCAUUGUUUAGCCAUUUUCUCUUAAAGCUCUUUUGGCUUCUAAAAGUGAAGCAUCACUUUAUUUUUCUCUACUCCAUUUGUCAUGAGAUUAAAGACUCUGAACCUAUAAAUUAAAUAAUAUUAAAGCCACUGGAGGUGAUACAUGCAAGGGCUUGGGAUAAAUCUACCGUCCGUGUGGAUAUUUCUUCUGUAAUAUAUGAAUUAAUUUGUUCUAUAAGGCGUUAAAAGGGUUUCUCACAAGAACUUCAGAUGCCCAGUUCUCUGAAUCUGUGAUAGCUGGACACCCCUAGGGGGCGCUCCGUUUCUCAAAAUACAAGCGGCUGACAGCAGCGUACCCCUGGGUGGGGCUCACUCUAGGGGUGUGGCCUCACGGGAGAACCUCAGCCCACAAGAAUUUGGCUUAGAAACAAGUUUGAAAACCUCUUCAGAUCCAGAGCCUUUAAAUAAUGCCCGCUAUGAGCCUAAGACAGCCCUGGGUAUCCAGAGUUCGCAAAGCAAGGACUGGGAGAGGGAGCAACAUGCACUAGACUGAUUUCCUUUCCCCUUGAGAGCCUCAGCAAAAGUGGAUGGGGGUUUGCAGAAUUGCGCUACCAGCAGAGUCCUCCCGAAGGUCUGCACAUAAUUCGAUUAAGCUGAUUCUGGACAAAGCCCACCGUGUACCUUUAUCUACUGGGCAAAAGUUAACCCCCGACACCUGCAAUGAUCAACUCAUUUCAGCAGCAAAAUGUCAGGCCAUAAAGUGUCAGGUCAUUGAGAGACCAAACUAUAGUCCAGGAAAGGAGUAAUGAGAACAUCUGUGACAUGAGUUCGAUUCUAAGGCACAGGGGCGACUGAGUAGUUCUGAUGCUUGCUGUCUGAGGUCCAGACAGUACUCGUGACCCCCUUAUCCUCAGAAGCGUAACCACAAUACCCUGGAGUGAAGAAACUCCCAAUCACUCAUGGAGUCCACUUUAGUUUUGCCCUCGACCUUUGUCACCAAUUGGCUGAGGCUAUUUGUUUUUACAAUUCUGUAUUAGGAAAAAGAAGUUGUAUAGAAGAUCAGACACCAGAUAUGCUUCUGAAUUCUGCAGCUCUGGGUGGGCGGCCUCAUUUGGGGUUAUGCUAGCUGCUGCUUCCAACGUGGGAAGCCCACCGUUUUGGAGCGAGAGCUGACAGCGCGGCUCCAGCAGCCCCCAGGGCCGGAGGAGCCCGGCCUUAGCUCCGCCCCGCUCAGCCCGGCCCGGGUGGCUGCGAUGCCGAGGUCCUCUGCUCUCGCUGGGCGUGCAGCGGGCGCGCGCGCGCGUGUGUUUGUGUGUCUGCGUGUGUGUGUGUGUCUGUGUGUGUGUGUAUGUGAGAUGAAUUGGAGUCAUACGACUGGGUGUUUCCUUCCGAGUGGUUUUGAUCAGCAAUCCAUUAGGAAAUCAUGAAAACUUUUUUUUUCUGGCUAAAGGAUGAAAACUGAACUCCAGAUUUACUAUGGUGUUGUUUUCUCCCUUCCUGCAAAGCUGAGGCAGAGUCGGAAACCUUUACUGUGAGUUUAAAGAUGUCAACAUAAGGUCAUCCACUUUUGACUGUCAUUCAUGGAAGAGCUCUUUUUAAAUGCCUCAGACUUUCGGGACCUAUGAUUCCUUGGCACAACCCUUUGGAAAAUUCUUAAGCAGGGAUGAAGCAAACUUGAUUGGAGUUGUGGAAAAAGAAGACAGAUUAGUAUUUUUCAUGCCGACAAAAAAUAGCUGCUAUGACUUUUUCCGCAACGUGGACAGGGGCCAAGUGAAGCUGAACUGGUCAUGGUCUGUCGCCCAGUGUUCCCUUGUCGUCGGCGAUUUUGCCCCCGACCCUUCUUAGUGGGCUUGGUGGUAGCAGUCUGUCUCUUCUACCAGACUCUGACCCUCCGAGGGACGAGGAAGCUCACAGCCGCUGGCCCUGGGGCUGUCCCACAGACAUCCAUUGAAACCCAGGCAAGCAGAUGCAAGAAAGGAUUCUCCCAGGACAAACAGUGCUUCCUUCUCUCUGGCAAUGCCGAGGAAACCAGAAAGAUCCAAGAAUCAAUGGAGACACACUUUGGCAGCCAGGGCCGCAGGGCCAUACUCUACAGACCUCCUUUCUACAGCAAGACAGAGCUCCAGCUGCACCAGCACAUUCUUACUCAGCAUGGCUAUACGGUUGUCGUCGCUGAAGAAAAGCUCAAUGCUGGCCCUGGACUGGGGCUACUAGAACAAGGUGAUCUGGCCUCUUGGGAUCUGCUCAUUUGCCUGUCUUCUAAGAAAGCUGAAGGAAAACCCUGCAUAUCCAAGGAAGUCAUGUGCCAGUUAGGUUUACAUCAAAAGGCAAAUAUAUUACCAGAAAUACAGCAGCCACUUUGCAGAAAGGAAGGAUUAUGUCAAAUAGUUAGAAGAUUCCCAGAGUUGCAACUUCCAGUGAGUCCCUCUGUGUGUCUGAAUCAGCGAAUACAAUUAAAGCCGAGUACUUCAAGUCACCUUUUAAAAACAGUGAAGCCACAUAUGUGGAAACCAGGGGACUGGAGACAUGAACAUCUGAAUGAAACAACAGUCCUUGCUCGACAUGAAACAAUCUUUAGAGCUGAAGAUCUAUCUGUGAUUCUUAAAGCGUACGUGUUGGUAACAUCCUUAACCCCUUUGCGUGCAUUCAUUCAUUCAACUGGCACAGUUUGGAAUCCACCAAGGAAAAAACGCUUCACUGUCAAGCUGCAAACAUUUUUUGAGACAUUCCUGAGAGCCAGUUCACCUCAUCAGGCUUUUGAUAUUAUGAAGGAUGCAAUUGGCAAACUCCUGCUAGCAGCUGAAGUAUUCAGUGAAACAUCUACUCUGGGGCCAAAGACCUUUCAUAGAUGCAGAUUCUGUUUUCAACUUCUAACUUUUGAUAUUGGUUAUGGCAGUUUCAUGUACCCUGUAGUGCUCCAGGUACAUGAGCAUUUAAAUUUUCAAGAUAAUGAUAAUAUGGAUUUUGAGGACCAAAAUACAGAAGAAUUCUUAUUAAAUGACACUUUCAAUUUUCUCUUUUCUAAUGAAUCAUCACUUUCCUUGUUUUCUGAGAUAUUUCAGAAACUUUAUAGAUCAGAUGUAUUCAAGGGUGAAAACUAUCAAAAGGAACUAAAUCAGUGUCUGUCCUUAGAAGAAAUUAACUCAAUUCUGACUUUCAUAAAGGAACUUGGAAGUCUGGGACAAUUCCAGCUGCUCUUCCCAUCGACUACUCCUGGGAUUCAGUCACUGAUGCACGAAUUUUAUGAUAUGGCAAAUCCUGUGGGAAAACCUGGCUCAGUCCUGACCCAAUACUGGUCUCUUUUAAAUGUAUUUGAACAAUUUCAGUUCAUGAAUAAAAAGACACAGCUACAUCCACUAGAAUGGAAUUCUUUCACAGAGGAUAAAAACAUUGAAAAACCACAAGUGCCAUUUGAUGCAACAGAAAAUAAAAAAGUUCUACAAAUUAAGAAUGAAAAUAAAGAAAUACAUUGCAGUUAUGAUAAAGACACACCGUGUCAUAUCAAGCAGAUCUUCACACAUCCGAAUUUGGAACUAAAUCCUGAGUUUAAUCCAAAGAUCAAAGAUUAUUACUCUGAAGUCCCAUUUGAUGUGGUAACAGUGACAAUUGGAGUGGAGACUCCUAAGUGUCAGUGCAAGGUGCACCUGUAUGAGCAGGCAGGGCCAAGUUUUGCCAGCUACCCUUUGGGCUUAGGAAUGAAUAAAAUCUCAAUAUUUGUAGUGGAUGAAUCUCCAGCACACAGUGAGACCCUGAUCACAUACAAACUCACCAUCUAUAGAGAAGACCGCCCAAGUCUGCCCUUGUUUGAGGCCUUCACAGCAUGUGGUUUUGUGCAGGAUUGUGGUUUGCUGAUUCACCCAGAGGAAACCUGUGGGCUACAGCCUAUUUCUUCCGACUACAUUGAAGCAAUUUUACAGUCUGAACUAAAAAGAUGUCCAUCUGGGGACAUGAAAGGCCAGUGGAUUGUGCCUUGCCUUAGCUGUUCAGACAACAGGACGUGUGACUGGAGAGAAAUAACCUGGCAGCCUCACAACUGCCAAUAUGGUGUCCUCACUAAGCCUCAACUCCAGCAGUGCCUGGGAGGAAGGAAGAUUCUUUUCAUUGGAGAUUCAACCAACAGAGGGAUCAUGUACUAUCUUAUUGAAAGGCUGAAUGAAACGUUGCAGGAAUGGCAGAAAGUACAUGGCACUAAAUUGUAUCACAACGUCAAUGGUGGGAAGACUUUGAUCAGUUAUUCCUACUAUCCUCAGUUCUGGAUAAGCCCUUCAUUGAGACCAACAUUUGAAAAUGCUCUUGAACACCUCUUGAAAAGAUCACAUCCUCUAGAGAAUACUGGCCGGACUGUGUUGGUUGUUGGUGGCGUUCAGUGGCUUAAUUCCAAUCACUUGCAAAUUAUUCACAAAGUUUUGAAGAGGGAAAAUUUACUCAAUAUCCUAGUGAUCAUCAAAACUUUGGGAAUUGGAUUUCAUCUGCCAGUGGAUGGAGUACAUUUCUUAACACAGACUGAAGUACAAAACUUAUGGAAAGAAAAUUUGAUUAUUCUGGAUACUGCAAAAAAAUAUGGCUAUGAAGUAGUUGACACAUUCACCAUAACAAUGGGACGAUACAAGGAGUUUCUACAGGGGAAGUGUGGAUGUCAUUUCCAUGAGGUAGUGAAAUCAAAAUUAUCCAAAGAAUAUCACUUUAUUAAAAUGAAAAGAUCAAGAAAUCAUGUCAUAGGAAGAUAUUUCAGCAAUCAAAGCAAACUACAACAAGGCACUGUAACAAAUUUUCAAUCACCAUAUCAUGUCAGAGGUCCAAUAAAUCAGGUUUGUUCUGAAAUCCUUCUCAGCAGGAUGUGUACAAGUAAAAGGACUAUGUAGGCUCCCUGCAGGAGAACUGAAUCUGGAGCUGGAGACAAGCUACUCACUUGGACAAUGGUCUAGGAGCCAAGCACUGUGCAUCACACACAUUUGGGAUUGACCACACAAGCUUGUGCACACCAGCACAUGUAUGCACACCAGUACACACACAGCUAAAACAAAGCAAUGAUAACACUUUUUCUUACAGCUUUAUGAAUUCAAGAUGUGACCUUGAACACCAGUUCAUUUCACAGUGAAAUAUAUAACUAGAAAUACGUUACUUGAAACAUAAUUUUUAACCAGAACCACUGUGGGCCAGAUAUGGCAUUGUGAUAAUAAAGAGAAAUAUAAACACUUGAAUUAUGUGAAAAAAAGGAUAAUGCUCUUUUGUCUUGUCUUACCAUCUCUAUAGGUACAUCAAUAUUGAAAAGGAGAAAAACCAGUUACAUUCCACUGGCACAUAGAGGUUGUGCUUGCAUUCAUUACCAAGAGAAAAUGUGGUGUUUAUGAUGGCUUAGGCUUUGUGAAUCUAAUGCUUAUGAAAAACAUUUACUCCUAUACUUUUUAAAAUUUUAUUAAUGAAAGGAAAAGAACAAGAAUGUUCCACAGGGAACUUGAAGAGAUUCUGUGAGAGAGAUAUAAAGUGAAGUAUUUUAUAGUUAAAACACCAAUAUAUUUAACUUUACACUUCUUGUGUUUUUCAUAAACAUUCCCUCUUGUCCUGUCUGUAAACUUGGAUGGGUAACUGCAGUCUGAAUUGAUGAAAUACAUGAUUUUAAAGUGAGCAAAAAAAUGUAGUUCCUCAUGUAUUACUUUAUUACGUUUCAUUGAUGAUAUUACUCAAAUCUUGUGUUUGCCAUUACAGCCCUAUGUAACUUAAAAUUACAAUUACAUGUUAUGUAAAUACUUUGCAAAGGAUUAUGCAUUCUCAAAUCCACAGGAAUUUUUUCCCAUCAAGCAUUUGCAUAUGUCCACAAGUAGUAUUAUGUUACUAGAAUCUAUAUUAUGAUUUUCCUGAGCAACUGUAUCCAAUCCAAAUUUAGAGUAGACAUAAAAUUUUUAUUUUAAUUAAAACUGUGGCAUACAUAUUAUACAUACCUAAUUCUAGUAGUAAGAAUUAGGUAUGUAUUAUUUGUAUCUCUUCUAUCUGUUUAGGCUCAAAAUGGUAAAUUUCUUUAUUGUACAAAUGCUUUGUUGUGAGAUAACAUCACACAGUUACUGGAUUUUAAAGGUUUGUCUUUUUUGGGGUAAGUGGGAAGCCGAUAGGUUUAAUUCAAUACAUGGCUGAAAUUACCAAAUGUACAAAUACCUCAAUUUCACUACCAUACUAGAAAAAAACACCUAUUUUGAUUGAUCAAUUCUUUUGUAUGAAUAUCCACCUCCUUUAAAUACUCUAUUUUUAUAUAUAUUUUUAUAUGAAGAUAAACGUGAAUUUAUAUUUAACUGUCUUAAAUUAUAUUUACAUGAAUGCAAAUAUCACUUGAUAUAAACAAUACAAAUCUGCAUCUUACAUAUGAUAGUUUUUUUCAGAAGAAUGAUGCAGAAUUAACUUUAAAAAUAAAAGACUUUUCUAGUAUACACUUAAAUGCAAACAUCAUUUUUAGGUUUUCAGUGAUUUUUUUUAAUGACACAAAAUGUUACCAAUGUAUGCAGCCUCUUCAUCAUGUUUUAACAUAUUGUGUACUCUAUAGCAGUAUUACAAUCAGUAUUUCUUGUAAUUUUCUUUUGACCUAACCAUAAUCAUCUGACUGAGGUUAGUCUGGUAUGUACCUCUGCACUGCUGAAAUAAUAAUGGAUUUUAGAAACAAUUGUAAUAAUAUCAUUAAUAAAUGUCUUACUAGUAAUA